AUGGCAGCAAUAGUCGCUGAUAGAACAUUAUCAAAUGUAAGUUUGAACGAGAGAGAUUUAAGUGGAUCGGAGCGAAUCUUUCAUGGUGUUACUCAUAAACCACAAUUGUUUGCAUUUCUAUACAAUAAACGUGUUGCAAAUUUGAAUAAUUUACUUCCAACAGUGGAAUUAAAAAAUAAUCGAGAACAGUUGGUAUAUGUAAUUUUAGCUAUAUUGGCUUUUUAUCUAUUGCUUGGACAUUUUGCUGAAUUAAUUUGCAAUAUCUUUGGAUUUGCUUAUCCUGCUUAUGCAUCUGUUAAAGCAAUUCGUACACCAAAUAAGGAAGAUGAUACACAAUGGUUAAUGUAUUGGACAGUUUUUGCUACAUUUUCCAUAGUCGAUUCUAUGAUAUCUGUAAUUACAAAUUCUUUCCCCUCAUAUUGGCUAUUUAAGGCAGCAUUCUUACUUUACCUUUAUGUUCCUAACGGUAAUGGAGCACAAAUGUUAUUCUACAACAUUGUCAAUCCAACAAUUUCAACCAUUGAUGAUUUCAUUAAUAGUUAUGGGUGGAAGCAAUUCAUUAAAUUAAACAAUAAUCAAUUAUCGAAUAAUUUCAACGAAUAUAAUAAUUAUAAGAAAAUUAACGAAUAA